GUGGCGCACAGCAGAGAUGCCGAUCCUACCGAAGAUUUUUGCUCCCUAAGUGCGCAUAUGAGUAGGGCUCCUUCCAACCUGCCAAAUCGCCUUUUUUUUUUGUCUCUUUCGCUUGUUUACUGACCAGAUAUCGAAGUAUAUAGUGGCCCAGAAAGAUGGUAUGCUUUAUAUUGCUGGAGGAUGGAUGUUGUAUCCUUCGCCAUACACGGGUUACAAUGGCCCUAGUUCGUGUACCCCCUUUUGAGCGUGCAACCUUCUCCCCUUUCCCCAAACUAACGACUCGGCAACGCGUUCAGAUACGGUGCUUCGAUCGUUGAACUUAUCGAAGAGUUUCCAAACUUCCCUUGACAGUGUCAAUUAUAUUCGAACGGAGGAAUUUCCGGGCACAAUACCUGGUGUACAAGAUGCCGCGUUCUUCCCUACCGAAUCCGGCUUCGACCUUACUUUUGGAAGGUGGUGGCCAUACAACAGUACGAUUUACGGACAGCGGGACGGUCCUGUCGAGAACAGGAAAUGGCAAUAUGGGACUGCGAGUCAACAAUGGACGGAUACGGGAAUAACGCUAAAGAAUUGGUUCUACGAGGGUUCCAUGAGGGUAUCCAGUUCAAUGACAGCAUGGGUUCCGUCGUUGAAGAAGGGUUAUCUUUUCGGCGGUACUUUUGUCUCGGAGAACGGGACGUCGCUCAAGGUGGUGGAGUUUGAGGAGCACAACGGCUUGAUCACUUAUGACCCGGCUGACAAUACGUGGACAAACGAAACUACGCCAUUGGGAGGAAUAGCUGAGGGUGGCUUGGUGCACAUUACGACAGCUACGGAUGAGAUCUUGAUUCAGCUUGGUGGAAGGUCUGAGUGGGCUACCCGUAUGGUAUGUCACUCCGUCUUUUGAGGUUCUCCGCGCAACAUACUGAAAAUGCGGUAGAGAGUGUUUUCCGAGAUCAACAUUUACAGCACAAGACAAUCAAAAUGGUACACUCAACAUCUACCUCCAGAUGCUGUGGUGCCGACCCCCCGCUUCGCGUUCUGCACUGCUCUCAAAUCAGCUUCGGAUGGUUCCAGUCAUCAGAUAUACAUUAUGGGAGGCCUUGAGGCUGGCACUUCAGUAAAUGUUAAGGGGGGUCCAACCACUACAUCCGUCUGGGUUCUUUCGAUUCCGAGCUUUGAGUGGGCCCAACUACCGUUCAAGUCAAAGUCCACAGCUGCGGACCCGAAAGGGAGGAUUUCACCAAGAUGCCAGGCCAUUGGAGAGCACCACAUCUUCUACUAUGGCGGGAGGAAUGUCCCGAGUUUCUUCACCGUCCCCACCUGCGACAAGAAGGCAAAUGCUGCGUUCCUGUUCGACGUCAACACAUUGACAUGGACAGACGAGUUUACACCGAAUGAGGGAAGAUAUGAGAUUCCCUCGACGGUUGUUGGGCUUAUCGGUGGCGAGUAAGUUGUCAUCCAGCUCCCCAAGACACGGCAAAUAGUGCGCCAUGAAUGAAUACUAACCACCCUAUAGCAAAAACGGAGGUUCGACCAAGAAGGGCCCAGCCAAAGGCUGGAGCGACCCGGAUCUUGAAACCAUAAUGGCACUAAAGACCACCACAGACGAGGGCUCGGGUAUCGGUACAAACAGCACUGGCAACAAUGGCACAAGCCCAACCAGCGGACCAGACACCAGCUCAGACUCACCUAAAACCAACGUUGGGGCAAUAGUCGGGGGUGCGGUAGCGGGUGUAGCGGGUGUGGCACUCGCCCUCCUGGGUGCGAUGAUGCUCCGCCGACACCGCCAAAAGAAGGCGUCGCAGCUUUCCCCAAACCCUAUGAAACCCCCACCGAGGUAUGCCGGGGCCCUGGAGGAGGGCCCAAGCGAACUCAUGGCGCAUAGUCUGGUUAGUGGGGGCGGAGCGUACGCUGCGGAACUGCCGGCGGGGGAGGUGGCGAGGGAGAUCCACACUGGGCGGGGGAAAUGA